AGAGCGAAGUAUAUUGGCCAGUGUGGACUGAAACCACUCCCUACAGCUCCCUCCUACUGAAAGCGAUCUGCCAAAGCACGAUUUGUUUUUCGAUAGAAAGAUAUCUUCCCUAAGUAAAAGGCGACCAACACGCGAUUUAACUAACUUUGCUCAGUAUUCAAAGCAAUUUGAUUACCGAUCGAUUCGCAUCUGUUCGGAAUUCAGAAGACACGAUGGUGCUGAAGUCGGAAGACGGAGUCGUGCCCAACGACCUCACUCCGGAGGAGCAGCAGGAGUUGGAGAACAUUCGCCGCCGCAAACUGGAGCUACUGGAGGACAUUCAGCGCCUGAAGGAUGAGAUAGCAGAGGUGACCAAUGAAAUUGAAAACCUGGGCUCCACUGAGGAGAGGAAAAACAUGCAGAGGAAUAAACAGGUGGCCAUGGGCCGCAAGAAAUUUAACAUGGACCCCAAAAAGGGGAUCCAGUUCCUGAUUGAGAAUGACCUGCUGAAGAACACCUGUGAGGACAUCGCCCAGUUCCUCUACAAGGGGGAGGGGCUUAACAAGACCGCCAUCGGAGACUAUCUGGGAGAGAGAGACGACUUCAACAUCCAGGUCCUGCACGCUUUCGUGGAGCUGCACGAGUUCACCGACCUCAACCUGGUGCAGGCCCUCAGGCAGUUCCUCUGGAGCUUCCGUUUGCCGGGAGAGGCGCAGAAGAUCGACCGCAUGAUGGAGGCCUUCGCCCAGCGCUACUGCCAGUGCAACUCUGGAGUCUUUCAGUCCACAGACACCUGCUACAUCCUGUCCUUCGCCAUCAUCAUGCUCAACACCAGCCUGCACAACCCCAACGUCAAGGACAAGCCCACGGUGGAGCGCUUCAUAUCCAUGAACCGAGGCAUCAACGACGGGGGAGACCUGCCCGAGGACCUUCUGCGGAACCUCUAUGAAAGCAUCAAGAACGAACCAUUCAAGAUCCCAGAGGAUGAUGGGAACGACCUCACGCACACGUUCUUCAACCCUGACCGAGAGGGGUGGCUGCUCAAACUGGGAGGAGGACGGGUAAAAACCUGGAAGAGAAGGUGGUUCAUCCUGACGGACAAUUGCCUGUACUACUUUGAGUACACCACUGAUAAGGAACCCAGAGGCAUCAUUCCCCUGGAGAACCUGAGUAUCCGUGAAGUGGAGGACAAGAAGCCUAACUGCUUUGAGCUCUUCAUCCCUGACAACAAGGACCAGGUGAUCAAGGCCUGCAAGACCGAGGCAGACGGCCGGGUGGUGGAGGGGAACCACACCUUCUACCGCAUCUCCGCCCCCACCACAGAGGAGAAGGAUGAGUGGAUGAACAGCAUCAAGGCAGCCAUCAGCAGAGACCCCUUCUACGAGAUGCUGGCAGCCCGGAAGAAGAAGGUGUCCUCCAUGAAGAGGCACUAGGCCGUCUCAGGACCGUUGGACCGUGCCAACCUGCUCGCUUUUGGGACAGUGGACCUGGCCUUUUCCAGCAGGACGGGGGCAGGGAGGGGGGGGGCGCUCUGGGUUUAGGCUGGGCUUCUUUCUCUGUGACGGCUGGACACGUGGGGGAGCAGAGUGCAUGCUGGGAUACGGCUGGUAUGGCAGUGUGGUGGGAUGGGGGGUGUCAGUGCUGCUCCCUUCUACUGAUGCCUUGUUCUGUCUGGAUGCUGGGCCCUCACUCCCCCCACCCCCAUCUUUUCCACACAGAACAUUUCACUGUGCCCCUUUGACCCCCCCCCCCUCUCUCAAGAGGCCCUGUCUCCCUGACACACCCAGCCAAAUGUGCGCACACACACACACACACACACACACACACACACCUCUCUUUCUCUAAACUCAGCAGGUCUGACUGAAUGUGGUAAAGAAACCAAAAUUUUCUUACUUGGUUACAAAGAAGAAAUUUCUCACUGGUAGUUUUUUUUUUUCUUCUGUGGACUUUAAUCCCCUGGCUGUGCGUAUAGAGGUCGGAACGGGCCUCUGUUGUGCGUUCGCGCUCUGAGGGCCGUGCGUUUUUGUUGUUUGACUCUUUUACUUUGGAAGAAGUACAGACGAGCUGUUCUGAAAAGGAAGGGCUCUUUUGAAAGCCUUGGUCUGCGCUUUUUAAAAUGUUUUUGUAGUUUUGAGAUGUGGGAGCUGCCUCGGCAGACUGCGAGAGGCGGGCCCGGCGUGUGAGAGACGGGUUUCUCAGCGACGUCGGGCCUGGCCCGCGACGGCGCUGUUGGCUCAUUGGUCGCUCGGCCGGUUUACGGCUGUAACACAAGAGUGUUCAGUCUCAGCCGGCGACGUGUGGAAGGAAUGAGGCCCCCCUGCAGGGCGGGAAUGGGAACGCGCAGAGGUGGUGGGAACAGGGGGGAGCAGGGCGCCGGGCCGUCUGGGCCCUGUCGGGCUGGGCUUUGGCUCUCCUCCAGGUUGCGUCUCUGCUCCCAGAAUGCACCGGUGCACUGUCAGAGCGCCGCACGACCCUGACCCGACCUCCUCCCCCGCUGAGAUCAGAGCGGUCGCUCUGCCGCUCGGCUCACCUGCUCAUUCCCCCUGGAGUUGAGAGGGGCGCGGAGGGGGGCGCUGAGCUCUCGGUUCGGUCUCCAUGUUUUCACAUCGUAGCACUGCCGCCGUGCGGCUGCAGCCCCUCCCAAAUCUACCCAGGGGCCCCCACACAAAUGCCUUCUUAAUAUUCAAAUGCGGGAUGCCAGACCCAUCAGGUUUAAUCUGCCCUCACUUAAAUGUUACCUAAAAUGGGUUUGACUUUUCUUUUUUUUUCUUUUUUUUCUUGAAUUUACAGAGUUCUGUAUGAAAGAAGUCGAAGUAGCUACAGUACAGUUAAAGUGAGACUGUAAAGUUUAUUUCCCAUCAGGAUUUCAGACUGUUGGUUGAAUACUUAGAGGAAGUGAAGCUACCGUACCAUUUGAAUUAACUGCCACUUCAGGAGUAAAAAAAAACAAAAAAAAAAAACUGGUGGACUGGUCAGGGAAAAACCUUUGGUCAUACCAGAGUACGCAUCAAACUAUACAGCAGGGAUGUUUGUUUACGGUGAGAGUGAAUCUAUUUUAUCAUUCAUAGUAUAGCAUGGGCAGUGGCCCUCCCCCUACAGCAUCAACCAAUGGAAUUGCACUUCUUCACCGCAUCCACCAUGCUACUUUUCUGUAAUGACGGUGGGAACGGGAGCAUCCAGAGUUUGUAAUCUUAUCGAUUUAGAAUCGUUUCGUAAAAUGUAAUUUAAGUUUAUAAAUGAAAAAGCUUUCCCUCCCCCCAAGUUGAACAGUGGUUGCUUUUAGAUUUUAAACCAAGUGUUUUUUUCCUUUCAUUUUAUUUUUCUAUAGUUCUGUUCAUCUCCAGUUUCAUACAUUUCAGUGCACUGAUGAUUGCGGGAAAACGCAGAUGAAACAAUCUUAAAGACUAAGCAGUAUUUGUCUUAUUUAUCAUGGUUGUAUAUACUUAAAUGUGUAGGUUUCAGUCUUUGAUAUUAUCGAAAAAAAAAAAAAAAAAACUUUUGUGUAGAAAUAUAUCAUAAAGUUGAGUGCCAGUUGUUUUUCCCAAAUUUUGUUUGGUUUCAUAUUUCUACUUUUGCCAUGUAAACAAGAGCCUAUUAAAUAAAGUUAAUGAAUUCCAA